UUAUUCAUGAGCAUCAAAUUACCCAAUGAAUGCGUCAUUUACUUUUAUUAGAAAAAGAAAUCCCGCGCAUAUUGGCCUAUAAAGUGAGUUUCAAUCAUAAAAAGCAGUUAGUUGCUGCAAGAUUUUUGUUGUGUUAAGUUGUAAUUCAUAUCAAAGAAAGCAUGAAGUUCUUAGUUUUCAUCCUAAUGGCACUGGCCAGCACCUUAACGGUCAGCUGCUUGCAGUGCUAUGACUGUGGAUCCCCUAUUGCUGAUCUUUUAUCGGCAGUAAUGUGUUUAAAUAGGAACUCGACUUGCGAGGGUGAAAACACAACCUGCAUUUCUAGAUCACUCAUAGAUGAAACCAAUCAGACGCUGAUUGCGAGAGGAUGCGCUCCGGCAGAGUGGUGCGCAAACCUACCGAUGAAUAAUUCAGGUUCUUGCAUUGAAUGUAACACCGAUAAUUGUAACGGGGAAGGUUCGACAGUUCCUUCAACUACCACUACCACAACUAGGCCGCCAACUACAACCACCACGGAUAAGCCCGCCGUGACGACGACAAGCCCAAAGGUGCAACCUUCCGUUGGAACUACGACCUCCGUAAAGCCGGCAGUCCAGACGACAACAAUCCCCAAAGCUCAAUCAACGAAGACGAAAAACAGUGCCGCCAGCAGUGCUGGAGGCAGCUUGGCAGUGAUGCUAGUGGUGGCAGUAGUUUUGCAAUUUAAGUCAAAUUGAAAGACUUAAGAGUUUAAAAGGGAAUAAAAAUUAAAAGUUUUGAAUGCU